AAGAAAUUCGGCCGCCAAAAAAAGAGAGAAAGAAAUACGGCCGCCAUCUUGGACUGGUCAUCGUACUUACAGUUAAGCCGCAGAAAGAAGAAGAUGCCAGAGCACUGUGCCGCAUAUUCAUGUUCAAAUCGGCGGACCGUCGAAACCAGGGCACGAGGGAUUACUUUUCACAAGUUUCCCAAAGACAAAGCUAUGAGGAAGAAGUGGGAGGUGGCUUUGAGGAGGGAAGGAUUCACUGCAAGUGAUUCUUCAGUGCUUUGCUGUGGACAUUUUAAGCAGGGCGAUUUUGAUAUGACAGGUCAGAUUGUCCGACUCAGAGAUGGUGUUAUUCCAUCCAUCUUCAGCUUCCCAGCUCACCUCCAAAAACCGGUAAAGAGCAGGAGUACAAUUACCUCCAGAAGAGCUGAAGAGAGCCUGUCCGUGGCCUCUCAGGAUGAUCCAAAAACUGGAACCUCAAACCCACAACCUCAACCUAAUGAUGAUCAUGGCUAUGCUUUGCCUGCUUCUCCUACCGCUCUUAAGAUCAGACUCAAUGAAGCCCUAGCAAGAGUGGAAAGUCUGGAGCGAGAGAAGAAAAACGCCAUGGCCAGAGAAAAGAGGGCAAAGACCACAGUAGAGAGUCUUUUGGGGGAUUUGAUGGAAAAAAGUAAAAAGGAUUUGUAGUCCGGCAGACUCUACGAAAGCUGUCCUGUGAUGUGUGCUGUGCAAGCUUGGUCAGAGAUGAUGUACCAUCAUCAUUUGACGAGAGCUACCAUCUUCUAGCUCUGGAAAACAAUGGCGGCCUACUGAUUCCAUCACAAGGCACAGUGAAGGUGCUGAGAGUUGCAGAGAAGGUGAUUCACCAGGCUUCAACAAAGCAAGCUCCAAAGGUGUCAACAGUCACACACAUCGUCCGGGAGGAGAUUGGAAUGGAGGAUGUUUUUCUGCUUGGGGAACACAUUGAAGAAGCACAGUUUGGUAUCGACAACCAUCAUUCCAGCUUGUUGUCCUUGGUUGUGUCUGUGUUUCUCAAGAUAAGGCUGCACCAUAUUGCCAAACUUGCCUCUCUUGACCUGCAGAAAGGGAGCACGAGAAAGAAGCUCUGCAAAACAGUCCUCUUUCAGGGAUUUUAGCUGUAAAAUAUUCAUGAGCAAGUUUGUACAUGUGUGAAUAUGGUUUGGGGCAGGGAUGUCAUGUUCUUGUUUUAACUUGAGAAUUUACAUGUACAUUACAUUUUAUUCUCUCUGCUUUGCACAGCCUUGGAACUCUGGCUCUCUGACCUGAUAUGAAGUAUAUUAAUACUCUAUGUGAUUUAUAUAUAUAUAUAUUUAUUAUCAUUUUCUGAUCUAUAACUUUUUUAAUAUAUAUGUAUGAAUUAUAUUGAUACUCUGAUUUAUAUAAUAAUUUUCUCUGAUGUAUUGAUUAUAUUGAUACUCCAUGUAUCAGAAUAUUCUAUUACUCUUAAUGCAGCUGUGAAUAUUAAAAUACACCGAACCUUU